CUAGGCUAGAGGAGCUACUCAACAAGGCAAACAGCAGCGCUCUGCGAAAACGACUUUUACCCAUCCGCAUCCAACAUCAACUGGGGGCCAACGGACGACGCUAAAACCUGUCAGAUUUUUCACAUAAAUGUUCCUAUGGAUUACUAAUACACUUUCGUCGAAAAAUAGGAGUGUUUUUCAACUUGACAGCAUAGCCCCGGAUUCGUUACACUGGUCACCUAGAGGACUCAUAGAAAGAUGAAGACUCUGGAGGAGCCCCCCUACUUGACGGUAGGGACGGAUGUGAGUGCCAAGUAUAGAGGGGCUUUCUGCGAGGCCAAGAUUAAGACUGCCAAGAGGCUAGUCAAGGCCAAGGUGACCUUUAAACCAGAUCUGUCCACGGCAGAGGUUCAUGAUGAAAACAUCAAAGGACCUCUAAAGGUGGGUGCUGUUGUAGAGGUGAAGAAUCAGGAUGGAGUCUACCAGGAGGCCACAAUCAAUAAGCUGACCGAUGCUAGUAUAUAUACUGUUGUGUUUGACGAUGGCGAUGAGAAGACCCUGAGGCGCUCCUCUCUCUGCCUGAAAGGAGCGCGUCACUUUGCAGAGAGCGAGACGCUCGACAGACUUCCUCUCACCAACCCCGAGCACUUUGGCACACCUGUCAUCGGCAAGAAGGGCAACCGCGGCCGACGAUCAAACCCAAUCCAAGAAGAAGAGAUGUCUUCAUCCUCCAGCGAAGAAGAGGAGAGCGAUCAGCGGCAAAACGAGGAUCUGUUUGGCAAAGUGGUCUGUGUGGAAGGGGUCACCACCGGGGACAAAAAGAAGACCACGUGGUAUCCUGCUCUGGUCAUCUCCCCGGAUUGCCAUGAAGACGUGACCAUGAAGAAAGACAACAUCUUCGUCCGCUCUUUCAAGGAUGGAAAAUUUUACACGGUGCUGCGGAAGGACGUCCGCGAGAUGAACAGCGAUUGUCCUCCAAAAGCCGACGCGGGGCUCAAACCAGCACUGGAUGCAGCCAUGGAGUUCCAGCAGCAGUACGUCGUGCCCGGCACCUGGAAGACGGAGGUGAAAGAAGAAAGUUCCAGCAGCGAGGAUGACGACGAAGACGAGGAGGAAGAGCAGGAAGAAGAUGCCAGCGGCGAGGAGGAGGAGGAGGAAGUGGAGCUGUUCCCAGAGGAGCGGGAGAACUUUCUGCAGCAGCUGUACAAGUUCAUGGAGGACAGAGGAACUCCCAUCAACAAACGACCUGUUCUGGGCUACAGGAACCUGAACCUGUUCAAGCUCUACAGGCUGGUGCACAAACUGGGAGGCUUCGACAAUAUUGAAAGUGGCUCCGUCUGGAAGCAGGUCUACCAGGAUCUGGGGAUCCCUGUGCUCAACUCAGCUGCCGGCUACAAUGUCAAAUGUGCUUACCGCAAGUACUUGUAUGGAUUUGAGGAAUACUGCACCUCUACCGCCAUCACCUUCAGGAUGGACCUCCCUCUGAAGCAGGCUCCCAAGGGGGAGGUGAAGUCUGAGGGGGAUGCAGGAGGAGCAGCUGCCACAUCGUCCAGCUGUGAAGAGCAGACAGCCCUGGUGGAUGAAGAACCUUGUAGUGCACAGGACGAGAAACCUGAUUUGACCCGAGCAAAAAUGGAACCGGAACCAUCAAAAACGGAUGGAAAGGACAGUGGAAACGACGACGACGAUGAGGACGAUGACGGCGGUCCCCUCAAGGGAGACGCAGAUGAGGGCUCGUCGACGGCCUGCCUCGGGGCGGAAAGCGUGAAGGAGGAGUGCGACGACGAGCAGGAGAGCAAGGACAACUCUGGGGAUGACAGCAGUCAGGAGGGGGAGGAAGGGGAGGAGUUUGAGUGUUACCCCCCGGGGAUGAAGGUGCAGGUGAGGUAUGGGCGAGGCCGCAAUCUGAAGACGUACGAGGCCACUGUGAAAGAGGCAGACGUGGAGGGGGGAGAGGUGCUCUACCUGGUGCACUACUGUGGCUGGAACGUCAGAUAUGAUGAAUGGAUCAAAGCAGACAAGAUUGUACGCCCCGCCAAUAAGAACGUACCAAAAAUAAAGCACCGCAAAAAAAUAAAGAACAAAGCUGAGCGGGAGCGCGACAGGUUGGAGAGGCUCAAUGACAGAGAAGGCCUCGGCCCUUCACCCAACUCGAACCGUGUCCCGCGCUCCAAAUGUGGCCUGAGUCAGGAUGUCUUUUCCAAGAUGGACGAGGGUGAGGACAAAGGGACUCAGCAGUCUCCAGUCAAGUCUAUAGAAAUUACUUCUAUCCUCAAUGGCCUGCAAGCCUCUGAGAUGUCCACAGACGAGAGCGAGCACGAGGAUGAUGAGGGAGAGCAUAACGAAGAGGAUCGCCCAGGUUGCAGAGGCAGCCCAAGAAAGGCCCCGCCAGAGCCCACGCAAGCAUCUGAGCGAUGGGAGAGCGCUCCUGAAGCAAGCAAACCUUCUCCGGUCUCAGGAAAGAACCAGGAUGCAGUCAGUGCCGAUAAUGCUGACAUAGGAAAGCGCAGAAGCCAGCCAGAGCCAGAGCCAGAGGCGAGCACCAGGAAGAGGAAAUCUGAGGGUGCAGCAGAGAGGACCCCAAAAGGCCAAUCAAAAGCUAAGACCAGGAGCACCAGGAGUGCUGAUUGGUUGCCUGGAGGUUCUCCCAGGAAGCUGGAGGAGAGAGCGGCAGGUCCAGGUGGUGAGGAGAGAGGAGCCUUGUCUUGCAGCAGUUCAGAUGAUGAGGGUGCAGCGCCGGCCGAGUCCCAGGCAGAGGAAAGCGAGCGAAGCCGGCCAAAAGCCAAAGGUUCCCCUUCCAAGAAGUACAACGGAAUGAAGGAGAAGGCCAAAACUGGCAGACAAGCUGGCUUCUGGGAGAUUCCUGAGAAGAGGGCCAAAAUGUCGGGGAAUGCAGAGGAGAGGCCAGCUGUCCGCUCCAAAGGCCAGAAGGACGUGUGGUCCAGCAUCCAGGCCCAGUGGCCGAAAAAGACUCUCAAGGAGUUGUUCUCCGACUCAGACACAGAGGCCGCCAACUCUCCCCCUCCACCUGUCCCCUCAUGUCUUGAGGAGCCGAGUGUCGACCAGGAUGCCGGACCAGAGGACGAACCCUCGGAGGAGCAGAUGGAGAACGAUAAACUGCAGGAGUUUCCAAGCAGCGGCAGUAACUCUGUACUCAACACACCGCCGACGACGCCGGAGUCCCCAUCAGGAGGAGGCAGUGCUGUGGAGGACUCCAGUCAGGCACAGCCCUCCUCCCCUCCUCCUUCAAUAACCCCCGCCUUGCCUUCAGAGCCGGUUUCUGACACUCUUCCCCCAGGACCCACCCAGGAGGAAGUGGCAGGCGGGCGCAGCGAGACAGACAGCAGCACGGUGGAAGUGGAGAGUCUGGGCGGGGAGCUGCAAGAUCUCCCUCCAGACGAGAGGGCAGGUUCCCCCUCAAAGGUGUUUGACGUCAGCCUCUCCUGUAACAGCAGCAGCAGCUGCAGCCUCGAGCUGAGCAGCAGUAGCCAACAGGAGAGUGAGCAGAAGUCCAAAGCGUCUGCGAGUCAGAAGCGACAGAAAGAAACACAGACAGGUGGAGCCUCAAAGAAACACAAGCCAAACCGCAAGAGCCUAGGUGUGCCUCCCAAAAAGAAUAGGAAAACAGCCAACAGCAGUGACAGUGAAGACCAGUCUGUUGUUGAGGGCACUGCCAAAUCAACUGCCUCUAAGAACAGCGCAGCAGACGUGAAGGCUGCCACUUCGCCCAAGUGUCACGGACGAUCUCCCCCUUCGAGCCAUAAGUACCACAAGCAGGGUGACGCCGACCACGCCCCGCACCGAGACAACCAUGGAAGAUCGCCACGCGUGUACAAGUGGAGCUUCCAGAUGUCUGACCUGGAAAAGAUGAACAGUCUGGAGAGGAUAUCGUUUCUUCAGGAGAAACUGCAGGACAUCAGGAACCACUACCUCUCCCUCAAGUCUGAGGUGGCCUCUAUUGACAGGCGACGAAAACGCAUGAAGAAGAAGGAACGCGAAAGUACAGUGGCUGCUUCCUCUUCCUCAUCCUCCUCCUCCUCCUCACCGUCCUCCAGCUCACUGACUGCGGCAGUCAUGCUGACACUGGCCGACCCUCCGGUGUCAUCAUCAUCCUCCUCUUCUCAGAACUCUGGGGUAUCAGUGGAGUGCAGGUGACACAAAGAACCAGCGAAAAGCCACCGCACUAAGCACUUAACCAGCACCCCGGGGCCCCCGCCCCCAUUCCCUUCCAACAGGACAGACAAGUCAACCUACAUACUGUAACUACUGGGGCACAAAAACCAGACCAGAGACAAAAAAAACAAGAAACAAGCACUAUUUUCUAUUGACAACUGUUUCCUUGGCAAGCUAACGGCACUUAAGUGCACUUUUAUGAAGAUUGUGUAGGGGGAUGAAAAUUGUCAAAAAAUUCUACAAAAUCGUCUUUUGCGUGCUCCUUAAUUGAACAUUUAUAAGAAUUGUUUUUGCAAGCAAUAAUUGUUUCCAUUUGAUAAAGUUGUAUCGGUAAGGGAUGAUUUCCAGUGAAGACCCCUCUGUGCUCUGUGCUCUGUGCUCUGUCCUCGUAGCUCAACAUGGUGCAGCCUGUGCUCGCCGUGUCUUCGCGGGGAAUCCAGAGGAUCACUGCCACAUUGGCAUUAAGGGCGUAGGAAAUGUAACUUUGCCACGUUUCUCUGUCCACCCUCAUUAAAAAGGCCUUCACGUGGUCAAACCUCAAGAGGUUGACGAUGGUCUUGUCGCAUACAGGUGUAUGCGGUCCUGUACAGGUGUUAAGUGUUGAUGGGUAGGGUUUCAGACCAUCAGAGGUCCACUGACAACCUCAGUGGAUGAAUAUGGAAUGAUACUGUAGUGCCUUUUUGUUCUUUUCCAUGGGGCACUUUGAGAAAGGACAGCACUUUUUCUCCUAUUCUUAAAUCAGAGGGUCAAGCUGGAAUAAUGUGUCCCCUUUAAAAAAAAAAACAAAAAACAGACAGAAGAACGCUGUAUGAGUGAGCAGGCAGUGAAGGGCUGAUGGAUAAUGUUGGUUUUUUUUUAUCAGUGCGGUGAUAUUUAAGAAGUAAAACUCUUAUGCUUGAUCACCCGUAAUCUACUACUGAAUAGUCAUCCAGCUUGGGUAAACUGUUAAGUUUGGCAGUAUAAAAUGUGCAAUGAUGGAGGUGGUGAAUCCAGUGGUCACAUUGCUUCAGUUCAUCAGCCUUUUAAACGCCUAUGUGUUUCAUUUCAUUAUGUUUUCAACACACAUUUAAUCCCCCCAGUCAUCGUUGCACAUCUGCAACACGAUCAAGUUUUCUUGAAGGCAGCCAUAGACAGUAUAAGUAUUUACAGCAUGUACUCAGUACUGCAGAACACACGAAUGAAGCUGAAUAUCCACAUUUGCAGUGUUUCAAACAACAUGAAGUUAUUUAAUUAAGCAUAUUUUUUUGCUUCAUUACACACUUUUUUUGGCAUCUCUCUCUAAUUUUACUCACGAUCAAUAACGACAUGCCAGCUGCCUCUCAUACUCACCCCUACCAAAAAAAAUGUUGGUUCUGUUUCCUGUACUAUGACCAGAUUAAAGGUAAAGAUAUUGUAAAUGUGCAUUUAUAUCAUAAAGUGACGUAUGUGUAUACAUUUCUGAAGACAUCUCCAGUGUUUCCUUUGUAUAGACCCCCUACUGUACGAUAACCUGAAGUUACAUUUUGUUCGGCACUUGUAUGUAAUUGUAUGCUUUUGUUAUACAUUUGUAUAUUGAGAAGUGUUUUGAGUCGAGCUAUUUAAUAUCUUGCACUGUUAAUAACAUGUACUUUUCUGUACAGACAGUUUUACGGUUUUAACUGUAGUUUGAGUGUAAAUAUGGAGGGUUACAGCAUGUUUGUUCUGCCCCUUUUGUCCUCAUACUUGUUUUCCUGUAGGAACGGAUUUAUUUGAGUUUGUUUACGUUGUUUUGUUUCAUUCGGCCUCUUUCAUCAGUUUCAAUAAUUCUUUUGUUUUUUAUUUUAUUUUUUUUGCUUUCAUGUUUUGCUUUAGUUUGUAUCCCAUUUCAUUUUUCUAUGGCUUGUGCUUGUAAGAGAAGAAUGGUGGUUUUGGAUGCGGCUGAACUAUUUUCCAACCUGUACAUGGCCUGAAGCUAAAGCUGUAUGAACCUGUAUAUGGGAAAUGGAUCGUAGAUUAAGAGAAAGUAACGGAGCUUGUUGAAAAAUGCUCGAUAGUAUUUAUUAGGCUCAUCUGAUGAUGGUCAUUGUGUAAUUUAUUGUAAAAAUGUAAGCAAAGCAGAAGCCUCUGUUUGAAAUAAAUGCCAUAGUUUGUGAAGGA